UGGACACGAACGAGGUUGUUUUGGAGGAGGAACAAAACCUUCGUGUGGGCGGGGCUUAUGAGCGGAGGAGGCGGGGCUAGUUGGAAGGUUUGCCUGUCUGUAUUUAAGGAGUCCCACUGCACGGAUUUGCAGUAAAUCUGCUCCAGCCGGCUGUGGGAUUACCGGCUUGUGUAGCCACCCUCGGUGUAUGGCACUGACAGGAGCCAGGAUGUCCCGAUCAGAUGAAGUGAACCGGCUCACCGAAAAUGUCUACAAGACAAUUAUGGAACAGUUUAACCCCUGCCUUAGGAACUUCAUUGCCAUGGGAAAGAACUACGAGAAGGCUUUGGCAAGUGUAACGUUUGCUGCAAAAGGCUACUUUGAUGCCCUGGUAAAAAUGGGAGAGUUGGCCAGUGAAAGCCAAGGCUCUAAAGAACUUGGGGAUGUUCUAUUUCAGAUGGCAGAAGUUCAUAGACAGAUCCAGAAUCAGUUAGAAGAGAUGCUGAAAUCUUUGCACAAUGAGCUUCUCACACAACUUGAACAGAAGGUGGAGCUGGAUUCCAGGUAUCUAAAUGCUGCACUGAAAAAAUACCAGGUUGAACAUAAAAACAAAGGUGAAGCCCUGGAGAAAUGUCAGGUAGAGCUAAAGAAACUGAGAAAAAAGAGCCAGGGAAGCAAGAACCCCCAGAAGUAUUCAGACAAAGAAAUGCAGUAUAUUGAAGCAAUUAGCAACAAGCAGGGUGAGCUGGAAAGCCAUAUUUCCGACGGUUACAAAACCGCACUUACUGAAGAGAGGAGAAGAUACUGCUUCCUUGUCGAGAAACAGUGUGCAGUGGCAAAGAACUCGGCCACCUACUACAGCAAGGGUAAAGACCUUCUCGCUCAAAAGAUUCCAUCUUGGCACCAGGCCAGCGCCGAUCCAAGCAAAAUUCCAGACAGAGCCAUGCAGAUCAUGCAGCAGAUGGCUACUAGCAGCAAUGGCACCAUUAUGUCUGGUACCCUCUCUGGACCGCUAACAUCUUCAAAAUCUAGUCUGUCCAUAUCAGAUCCUAUACCUGGUGCCAAGCCUCUGCCUGUUCCUCCAGAGCUAGCACCUUUUGUAGGAAGGAUGUCUGCACAGGAAGGAGCUCCAAUUAUGAAUGGGAUCUCAGGUCCACACAGCAACAGUUAUGACCCCUGGGGAGAAAUAAAGCCUGUCCUGCCCAAAGCCUCACCUUCCCAACCACACAAACAGAUCAGUGAUUCCUACUCUAAUACCCUUCCUGCUCGCAAGAGUGUUCCUCCCAAAAACAGCUACACAGUCGCUGAGAAUAAGACCUUGCCCCGUUCCAGCUCCAUGGCAGCUGGUCUUGAAAGGAAUGGUAGAACGCGUGUUCAGGCAAUCUUCUCUCACGCUGCCGGUGACAACACUACCUUGUUAAGCUUCAAAGAUGGUGACUACAUCACCUUACUUGUUCCCGAGGCCAGAGAUGGGUGGCAUUACGGAGAAUGCGAGAAGACCAAACUGAGGGGAUGGUUCCCAUUUUCCUACACUCGAGUGUUAGAUACAGGCACUGAUCGGACACAAACAAGCUUACAGCCUGGGAAAAGCAGCAGCACUGGAAACCUGCUGGACAAAGAUGACCUUUCCAUACCUCCUCCAGAUUACAAUAUGGCUUCAAGGGGCUUUCAACCACCUGGGAGCACAUUCAAGCCCAGACCUUACAGUGUGGCUGCACCGGUUUUCUCACAGCAGGGUAUAGAAGAUUAUGGAGCAGCACGUCCCACAAACAGUCUGGAAGCUGAAGUUGCGAGGUUUUGAGAGGUGCCUCCAGUUAAAACUUUUUUACUGAAGUCCGACUGAAACCGACAGUGACAAAUGACAGAUCAGCUCCGCUUGUGAAGUGAUACAUUAGGCCUUUAUUUGCUUCUACAGACUCUUUAUAGCAGUGUAUCCUUAGGGAUGUCAUUAGCCUGUACUGGCGCAUGAAAUUAGAUGGAUGCCAGGCAGUAAUGACUGAUAAGAGACUUGCUCCAUAUAGCGCUGCUCAAGCUUUAACCAGAUUUAAGGGUAUCAAUCCCAGUGCCUUUAUCCUUCGAGGCACGUGUAAGUCCAGUCUAUUGACCGUGUCAUGGGCUGAGCUGGUUCAAAUGUAUAAUUUAGGGAUUGGGGCGGUUCUGAAAGGAUAAGUAUGCCUUUUAUCAUAUAAGCCCUUUCAAAGACUAUACAGCCCCCAGAAUAACACAGAUUUUUCUCUCAUGUAGAUGCUGUAUCACAAGCAGCUCAACUUCAGCUCUCUCAUAUACUUCCUAGUCUAGAAUGAGCUCCUCCCCCUUUUCUUUGCUGAGCUCUCCUCUCUCUAACUGUAAAGAUGGUGGAAGAGGUGUCUACUGUACAUGCCUGAUUGAUUUCCAUUGCAGCAGUGUGGCAAGCAUGGGUGUCAGACACCUCUUCGACCAUCUUAUUAGGCAAAGAGAGAAGGAAAGCUUAGCAAAGACAAGGGGGCAGAGUUUCACGCUAGGCUAGGAAGUAGCUGAGAGGGCUGCAGUUGAGUUACUUGUCAUACAGUAUUUACACAAGACUGAAUAAUGUGAGAAAUAUGUUAUUCUGGGCACUAUGUAGAGUCAUUUUAGAAAUAGUAAAAACAGGUUUAUUUAUACUUUAAAAGGUGGCUGCUGUCAGGGAGUUUAGCUAUAACACAGAAAUUUCACUUUUAUGCUUAUAUAAUCUAAAAGUUUGUGUUUUAAUAAAUUAUUUGAUGUUCAUAUUCCACAUUAUUAUCUUUAAACAGCGAAUGCAAUAUGACAUUAGCCAGCACAUACAGUCAUUGGGGAUACAAAGAUGGAAUGCAAAAUAACAAUUGUAUAUAGGUGCACACUGGCUCUUUAGUGUCUGCAGUAAUGUAUAUAGGGAUAUAAUCCACACAGGUUCUCUUUGUACACAAAUCCAGGGAAUGGGCUCUACAACUGCUGCUUGUAUCUAACGUAUGGUAAUACUGUCCAGGAAAGCAAUGCUUUGCCCCGAGCUGGCUGUGUUCAUGUCUUUGGUGCAGUGUUAACUCCCUACAUGUUACUGGACUUGUCCUUCCAGCAGGAGCCAUUAUUAUUCUAAUGUCCUGUAUAAUGUAAUAGCAUGGAGCUUGUUGCUGGGCAACACUUGCAAUAGAAAGGGAAGGCCUCCACUGGGAGGUAUACAGAAUAUUUUUUAUUUAAAUGACAUUAUUUUAUAUACUAAGAAAAGGAAGUGGGGAGGGUUCAGUAGGGCUAUCAUUACUUUUGCUGGGAGGUUAUAGUAACCAGCUUUUACAUAUUAAAGGAAAACUAAACCCUAAAAAUAAAUAUGGUUAUAAAUGUCAUAUUUUAUAUACUGACUGCACCAGCCCAAAGGUUCAUCAUCUCUAUAUUUGUAAUGAUCCUGGUCUGCUGAGUUGUCAGUGCAACUCCCCCAUCUUAGAUUUUGUUAUUAGUAUCAGAGUGACACUGACCGCACCAACAAUUGCAAUUACCUAGACACAAGGUGGGGCCAUUUGUUAAAGAAAAAAUCCUAAAUGUAUAUUUGAUUCAUCUUGCAUUAUUCAUUUCAUAUAUAUUUAUAUAUAUGCCUUGUGGGAGAGAGCUUUGCUGACCAGGGAAACAAGCAGUGAACAUUCCUAUUCUGUAUUUUUGAAUGUAACCAGGAACCAGCCAUACUGCUUGUCAGAAUAGAGCAGCACCGUCUAUUUAUAACCACAAGAUGGCGCUGUUCAGUCUAUAGAGUGACAUGCCAGGGGAGCAUGCAUAAAUACAAAUAUAGAGAGAAUGAAUACCAACACACUCUGCAGUAAGAGUUUUUCUUUCCCCAGAAACCCACACAUUGGGCUUUGUUUACCAUUGCCCUGAAUGCAAAUGCUAGCUGCCUGAGGCACAGCUUAGGGCCCAGGGCAAUGGUGUGUGGAGGCUGUGCUCUGCUCCUUGUAUUGGAUUAACAGUCCGUUGUAGGGUACAAAACAGAAUGUUGUGGGGCACCAGGGAGCCCUGUACAUAAAUUGGCCGAGUCUACUGUACAUUAGUUCCAGUCACAAGUCAAAUAAUCAUCAACUCGAUGCUUUGUGAGAACUAAUUGCAACAUCUGAAGCAGAAUAGUGUCAGUGAGCCUUUUUCCUAUACAGGAAUAGGUGUGUUUCACAGUUAAAUCAAUGGAGUCAAGUACACUACAGUAGAAUAAGAUCCCAUAAUGCACAUGUAGAUGGAAUAGAAACAAAGUAGUGUUAUAUGCACUAUUCUUUAAAUAACACAUUAGUGGAAAUACCCUCCCUGCAAUCUACAUGCAAGUUGUGUCACUCGGACUUAUGAGCCAAUGAUAGAGAGAAUGAGAGAAUUCAGCAGGAAGCUACCGGCCAUUUACACUGCUAGCCUUUUCUGGCAGUAACAGAUGCAAUAAUUUAUGCUUGUUGUAAAUUUAAAAAAAUAAAAUUGAUCAUAUUUAAGAAUUA